AGCUGCGUGUAGCGAUCUCGAGCGAAACACCCGGUUUGGUUGUCAUGAAGGCCACACUCCUUGUCCUCAUGUCUUGGGCAGCAAGCGGUGCAAGCGACAUGGAGCCGCUGUCCGUGGCUCGCCGGCUGCAAAUCGACGCCGCUUGCAUGAGCUCCUGCCCUGGUCUGGACACCUUUUCCAUGGAACUGGCGAACUUCAGCCAGCAGAUGGACGGUGCCGGGGAGAACGCGAUGGACAUGAUCGGCGGCAUGUUCGAUGUGAUGUGCACUCACCAGCCCGCCAUGACUUGCCUGUCCACUCAGUGCACGCCACCCGCCGAGCUCCAGUCAAUGAUCCCACUUUUGGACUGCGUUUGUACUGACUGCCCUUCCUUCAAGAACCUCUAUUCUGGACUGGCCUCGGUGAUGACAACCAUGCUCUCGUCCAUGACUGGGGCGGCGGCCAAUAUGACCGCCGUGAUGCUAGCGGUAUGUCCCAUGAUCGGGCCCCUGGAGUGCGUGACCAGCAGCAGCGCCUGUGCACCGGUACUGAAUCAAACCGCCGGCCUUAGCGGCAUGACCGUCAUGAAGGACAACUGCACCUCCGGCGGCUACAGCACCGGCACCAACGACCUGGCGACCACCACAACCGAGAGCGGGGGGCAGAUCUCCUUGGCGGCUUUGGCAGUGCCGGGGAUUGCAGGGAUUGCAGCCAUGCUCGCUGUCAUGUGAGGACUGGGAGGACUGAUGGCCAGCUUGAUAGGCCGGCCAACCCGCUUGGCAAGCCGCUGUUCCCAUGGAUUCUCUAAAUUGACACUUCAACGCCCAUUCCACCAUUUAGUGUGCCAGCAUUGUUUGAACCUUUUGUCGUGACUUGCAGUGACAGGCGUAACAUCAAUUCCGAGGAUGGCUGUGGGAACGUGUGCUGUCGCUCUAUCCUCUUGCUGGAGGUUGCAAAGGCGGCUUUCUGAAUUAUCAGCGGGAAUUCGGAGUGAUGCAGAUGUCAUUUGUGGGUAUCCCUAUUUCAUGGUGUUCAGCUGCCGCACUUUGUGAUGAGCGCGCAACAUUUGCUUGUCUUUUUUUUGGUCAUGGCAAAGCCAAUCAUGUGGCCAGACACUUAGUGGCACAGGACAAAACAGGUGAGGGCACCAACCGAGAGGAAGAGCGACGCUUCCAGCGAGCCUGGCAACCGCAUGCAAGAA